AUGGUCCGGGCCAUGGUGUUGAUAUUGGCAUUCUAUAUGCUUUUCCUCUCAGCUCGGGCCGAUUUAUCACAGCAUCUAGGCCUGAACUGGGGUAGGCACACCACACAGAAACUGCUUCCAUCCAUGGUGAUCGACUUGCUUUUGGAAAAUGGGAUCAAAAAGGUGAAGCUUUUCAGCUUGAACGAUGCCGUUCUCACGGCCUUCGCUUACACGGACAUUGAACUCAUGGUCUCUAUUCCUAGUGUUCUCCUAUAUGAAGUAAACACCACGGAUGAUGCCAGAGACUGGGUGAAAACAAACAUCGGCCCAUAUCUCACCAAUGUCAAGAUCACGACUGUAGUUAUUGGGAAUGAACCGUUUUCUGCAGUAGACGAUGAGCAAGGUUACUUGAAGGUUAUAUCAGUAAUGAAAAACAUUCAAACAGCUCUUAAUGAGGCAGGCUAUGGGCACAUCAAAGCAAACAUCCCCCAUUUUUCUGAUACCUUACAACCAUACCCUCUGGUAAAACCAUCCGAUGCCGAUUUUCGCGAUGACAUCAAGGACUACAUGCUUCAAGUUCUAAGGCAUCUCAGGGUCCAUGAUGCCCCCUUCCUAGCAAACAUUUCUCCGAUCUUUCUGAUCGAUCAAUUUAAUCUGACUGACAUUGAAUUCCUGUUUCUCGACAAUUACUCAAAUCAUACGAUUCAGGACAAUAUUAUCACCUAUAGAAAUGCAUUCGAUGCAGCCCAUGAUGCAUAUGUUUCGGCACUAAACAAGAAUGGGUUUUCUGAUAUGAAAAUAGUUGUUGGCCAGAUUGGAUGGCCAACGGAUGGUUCGAAAGAAGCCAACCUCGUGAAUUCCGAGAGGUUCUUCAAAGGCUUCCUCAGGAGAAUGGCAAGUGAGAAAGGCACCCCACUCAGGCCUGAGCCUUUGGAAGCAUAUCUCUAUAAUCUACAAGAUGAAAACAAGAUAAAAAUUGCCCGUAGUGGCUAUCAACGCCACUGGGGGAUUUACAAAUUUGAUGGAACUCCUAAGUUCAAGAUUGAUUUCACAGGGCAAGGGCGUGACAUCUAUCCCAAUCCAACUAAGGGAGUUGUUGUCAUGCCACUGCGUUGGUGCGUGUUUAACAAUGAUGUCCGGGACAUGAUCAAGGUCCAGAGGAAUUUCAAUUUGGCAUGUAAUUUAUCGGAUUGUUCGAGCUUAGCAUCUGGAGGGUCCUGCAGUGACUUGGAUUUUAACCAUCAAGUUUCCUAUGCUUUCAAUAUGUAUUACCAAAUUAAGACCCAGAAGGCAAACGAUUUCGUGUGUCAAUUUGAGGGAUUAGGAAAGGUAGUAACAGAAAAUCCUAGAAAGGGCAAAUGUGAAUUCCCUGUAGAGAUAUUAAUGAGCCUUGAAGACAGAGGAGUUACAACCAAGGCGUCGGGACUUACUGUUAAUUCUGCACUCCUGAUGAUCUUAUUUGCAUUGUAUGAGAUGAUUGUGAUAUGGUGA